UAGCCACCGAGGAGAAGGGACGGUCCCAGGGAGCUCCACCGGGGUUGGGAAGCGCGGCACCAUGAUGGCACCGGCCCGGAUCCUGCUGCUGGUGCUGGCUCUGCUGCCGCCGGGCCCCGCCGAGCCCUGCUCCCCGCUGCCCAACGCCACCCGGUUCGUCUGCACCGAGCCCACGCUGCGCUCCCUCCCCGCGGGGCUGCCGCGCACCACGAUCGCCAUCUCGGUGGAGUUCACGGCGCUCGCUGCCCUCUCGCCCUCCGCGCUGGUGCCGGUGCCGCACCUGCAGGAGCUGCACCUCUCCUCCAACCGCCUGGAAACGCUGCCCGCGGCCCUGCUGCGCCCCGUGCCCGCGCUGCGCGUCCUCGACCUGACCGACAACCGCGUGCUCGACCUGCCCCCCGACACCUUCAGCAGCAGCCGGCACCUCCAGCACCUGGUGCUGCGGGGGAACCGGCUGCGGGCGCUGCGCCCCGCAUGGUUCCAGCAUCUUCCCCGCUUGCUCUGGCUCGACCUGGGGGCCAACGCGCUGGCGGCGCUGCCACCGGGGGCUUUCCAGCCCCUGCGCUCCCUGCGGAGCCUGGAUCUGUCCCGCAACCUCCUCGCGGCGCUGCCGCCGGGAGCCCUGGAAGGGCUGGGGGCGCUGGAGCGGCUCGACCUGGAGGGGAACCGGCUCCUGACGCUGCCCCCCGCAGCCUUCGCUCCCGCACCCGCCCUGCGCCUCCUGUUCCUGCAGGAGAACGAGCUGCGGGAGCUGCCCCCCCGCAUCUUCCUCCCCCUGCGCCACCUCCGUGUCCUGGACCUGGCCAGGAACCGGCUGCGGGCGCUGGAGCUGCCCCCCCGCGGCCCCGGCCCCGCGCUGGACCUGGACCUUUCGGGCAACCCCUGGCACUGCGGGUGCGCGCUGCGGGCGCUGCUGCGGAGCGCGGCCCCGCUGCUCGCCGCUGCCGCCGACACCCGCUGCGCCAGCCCCGCGCACCGCCGGGGGCAGGAGGUGGCUGCGCUGAGCGGGGCCGGGGCCGAGGGCUGCGAGCACAAGGGGGACGGGCAGCAGUCGCCGGGCCCAUAG